AUGCUAUUAGACCGUGUGGGUCAGGGACAGGAUGUAGAUUCAGUGCUUCAACGAAUUGCUUUUGGUUUGUGGCGUAUAUGGAAAUGUCACAAUGAAGCAGUAUUUAACGAUAAUCGUAUCAUGUCUCAUAUUGCAGAUGAGUUGUGGUGUCGUCAAGUAUCCGAGUUUCAAGAGGCGAUGGAAGUGGAUAAUGGGGAGGAGGAUAGAAGUGCACACCAGGUUUUGGUGGGGGAUGGUUCCCAGAUUGUGAUUAGCGCAAAGGGAUGGACGAAACCUGAGUUUGGCAGGUUAAAAUUAAAUACUAAUGCAGCAUGGCAGAAGGAAACAAAGGUAGGUGGCGUAGGGUGGGUCUUGCGCGAAUUUGCAGGAAUUCCAAAGAUGGUGGGAGGAAAUGGUGGGGACUAUUUCUUGUCAUCAGAUAUGGCUGAGGCGGCAACCAUAAGACAGGGACUGCAGAUGUGUGUUUUAAGGGGAUUUCAUGUGUCUGGGGAGGUUCUGGAGGUGGAGUCUGAUUCGGAAGGAUUGGUUCAAAUGUUAAAUAAGGAGAUUCAAGCUGAUGUGUUGCUGGAGGUACAUUUAGUUGAUAUUUGGAAUAUAAUGCAGUCAUUCCAAUCGGUGAAGUUUAUCUUUACCUCUCGACAAUACAAUCGUGUAGCCCAUAUGGUGGCGGCGUACGUUCUUAAGCAUGGUGGGAGUUAUGGUUGGGAUGAAUUAGGACCUCAAUUUUUGUUUAAUAUUUUAGCUGAAGAUGCAAAUAUUUCCAUUCGUAUUUGA